UGCUUAUUAUUGCUUUGUUUUCACUCAAACUUAUUUAUUAGGUUGGUGUGUGGUGGUGUUGAUAUAAAAAGAGAAGGGGAAGAAAAGAAGGAAUAAAAAGUGAGUGAUGGGAAGAGGGAAGGUGGAGUUGAAGCAGAUCGAGAACAAGAUCAGCCGUCAAGUAACGUUCUCAAAACGGAGAACGGGGCUCAAGAAGAAAGCCCAUGAAAUCUCCCUUCUCUGUGAUGCUCAACUUGCAUUCAUUAUCUUCAACACCAGAGGCAAACUCUCUCACUUUUCAUCUCAUUCCAGCGUGGAAAACAUCCUUGAACGAUAUGAGAGACAUGUUAAUGCAUUGAAAAUCAAUGGAGGUGAAAGUGGAUCACAGGAAAACUAUGCAUUGGAAUGUUUGAAGCUCAGGAGCAAAGUUGAAGUCUUAGAGAGAAAUAUAAGGAACUUGGCGGGAAAUGAUCUUGAUUCAUUGAGCCUGAGAGAGCUUCAGAAUUUAGAGCAUCAGCUUGAAGCAUCUUUAAAGCGUAUCAGAGUAAAAAAGAACAAUACUAUGAAAGAAUCCAUCUCGUUGCUGCAUAAAAAGGCAAAGGCAUUGCAGGAACGCAACAGCACGUUAACAAAAGAGAUUAAAGAUAAGAAGACAGUGGUGGUUGAAGAUCCAGACUGCUGGGUAGAACAAACCCUAAUGCAAUCUCCCCAAAUAUCACUUCCUGCUUUAACACUCGGAUUAUAGAUAAGAUGCAUGAAAAUGGUAUAAAGAAAGAAAAUCAAUGGAGGAGGAAGCGGCUGCAGCUCAAACGACUCAAACUAUCUACUCUUCUACUACCAUCAUCAUUUUGCCUCAUAAAUCAGUGGCAUAUAUAUAUAUAUAUAUUUAAAUGCAGUCAACUUUACAUGAAGUUAAUAGAUGAAAAUAAAUUGUUAAAUAAUUUGAUUAAUUUGACUAAAUUUUCAUCUAACAACUCUCAGUAAUUAACUUCAUUUAAAGUUGACUGUACCUGAAUUUUUACCUUAUU